GUCUCAGGGUGUAGGGGAGAAAGACAGGGACAAGGAGGAGCUAUAUAUGAUUUUAAAGGGGAAGUUAGAAUUGACCCAAGGCAUCCUUGGUGGUAAAGAGAACUUUUAGAGAAGUAAAUAAAAAGAAGUUCCAGAAAGCUGUCUCCUCCAUGAAGGGAAUCCACUCAUAUUGUAGGUAAAAGAAGAGGGAUGGGCAAAUUUUUCUCCAGUCUUCUAGGAGACAGCCCCAGAAGCUUUUAUAGCGGCUGUGAUUUAGAAAUGGGGGUGGGGGGAAGACAUGACUGUCGUGUUGUGAGUGCACAAAUGCACAAGCUUUUCCAACACUGCCUGAACAAAUGCAGACUUUUGUUGCUCCCCAGCUAAUUAGCAUGCACUCAUGCAUGUUUGUUUGGCUUGGCUAACAACUCUUUGGUCAUGUGCUUGGGGAGGGGCUUUGUACAAUAGAGCGGUCAGACAUUUUAUCUUUUCUCCACGUCACUUCCAAGAAGCCCUCUAGGGAAGUGCAGGACAUGGUCCAUUUGGAUGCCAGCUCUAUUCUUACAUUGACACAAGAGAUUCUCUGCAGAGAACCCCAGGGAGCACCAGCACUAUUGCCAGCCUUGAGACAUGUGCUCAAGUCAUUUCUAUUUUGCUUAUUUAUACAGAUGGGAAAACUCAUAGAAUUCACAAAUGGUGAUUAAAUAUUUUUUAUUCAUGCAAUAUUUGUCUUCAAACCACCUACUCCUAAAAUUUUUGUUUAUCCUCUUUUGCUCCUUAAAACUAAAAGGCAACUUGCAAUGAUUUGUUAUAGUACCAGCAUUGAAACACUGCAUGAAAGUUGUCACCACAGAUGGAAAUAUAAUCUAGACAGCAGCCAGAAAUAGCAUGUUUGCCAAACAAAAAUAUCUGAAAUAAUUUUAUUCUUUUUUGUUCUUUAUUAGCUGUAUUAUUAAUUAUUUGUCUGUUAUCUGUAUGUAAUACUCUUACAUGCUGCUAAAAUAUUUGCAAACAAAAUCAGUCUUGAAAAGCAUAGUAAAUGGAAUUUAUCUAUAGAUUAUAAUUGGUUUGCAGUUUCAUUACUGAAUAUUCAAGCCACUGUAUUUUACUUUGGCUAGGAAUCUUUAUAUACUAGCCAUCUUCAGGAGUAUAGGGAAACCAGGCCAGAAUUUAAAAUGAGAGGAAUUUCCUUUAUUUUUAUCCUGUGGAAGACAGUGUUGGGGUCCUGCCUGUAUCCCCUGGGCACUUAACAUUUUCUUAUGCAUGGACUUAACCUCCAGCUGCCUGCCAUGCAAUUCUGCCUGAGUGCUCUUUCUAGCCAUUAAGAUUUCCUGUGCUCUGCCUAGGGAGAAGAGUGGAGGAAUUAAUACUUCCAGGGAGCAGUUUUAGCCAGUGGACAAUGGGAAUUGGCAGAUUAAUAUCCCAGCCCCAUCACCUCUCACCCUUUGGGCAGGAGAACUCUGAGGUUAAUGUUCUACACUAGCUUCCAGAGUUUCUUGACAGAAUUAAGCUCCAGUUGCUCUCAGUGGUAACUGUCUUGAUGAUAUACCCUUUCAUGGCUUCCUUCCCCUCCGGUCUCACUUCCCCACUUUCCUAUUACUUCCCAAAUUACUGCUUGCAUUCAAAUCCUUGUCUCAGGGUUUGCCUUCUAGGGGACGCAAAUGAAGAGAGUCCUCCAGAGCAAAGCAUGGCUUAAUGGGAGGGUUCCUAACCCUGAUUUUAAAGAUCUUGCUAUGUAAAGCUUCAAUUUUUUUUUUUGGAAAAAAUGGGGAAUAAACAGGUGGAGAGGAAGGAAGAAAGAAAACAAGGAAGGAAGGAGCGGUUUAUGAACCUGACAGUUUUAUGUAUCUCUUAAAAAAUACUCCUCCUCCCUGUAACAUUUUAAUUCCACAUUCCAUAAUGUAUAGUGUGAUUUUGUGUAUGUGUAUGUAUAUGUUUAAGGAAAAAUACACCAUAUAUAAAAUAUCGUAAUAUAUAAUAUAAUGUAUUAACUAGUUUUUUUUAAAGAGUCAUAUGCUGAUUAGCUUUCAUAGUCUAUUCAGGUAAUGCAAAUACAGACACUCUUCUACUGGAUAUUGAUUUAUACAGAGCAAAUAGUAAGGAAUGAUAAAUUCAUUUAUUUUGCUGCUUGAGAUCCAACCAGGGAAAAGGCACUGUAGCAAGUAUAAAGCAGUUUGCAUUUGCAAAAGUGAACAUCCUGAAACUCUAGUCCGUAGAUUUUGCCUUUUCUUCUCUCCUCAAAGAAAGGUUAGGAAUCCUCACUGCCCACCCCCAGCUCUAUUUUAUCAUUUAUCAUGAAGCUGUCCAACUAUUUAUAUACUUGUUGGCCUCCCUAUGGGACUGAGCUCUCUUGGAGGGCAGGAGUUUUGUCUUUUUCAUCUUUGUAUCUCCAGCACAUGGCAUGGUAUUUGUCACACAGAAGGUAGUUAAUAGACGGUAAAGUAACAGAAAGGUGAGAUUUCCUUUCUCAAAGUCUUUGGCAGUUUGUUCCUCAGUUGCUGAUGUCUGCCAUGGGCACCUACAGUUUGCCAUCCCUGCACUGCACCAUGAUGCCCUUUUAACCCCUGCUGUGUCCAAAGACUCUGCUACAUGUUUGUGAUCAGGGGUGCACAGAAUGGACAAGAUGAAUUAGAGAGUUCUAACUCCCGAAGGAGCUAGGUCUACGGGUUUAAUUGUUAAAAAGCAAAAAGCAGUGCAUAUUACGGCAUAUGGUGAUAACCCAUAAAAUAAUUUUGUCUUUUAAUGUGACACAGACAUAAAAAUAAUACUUUUGUUUUACCAAGGGAAGGAAAAACAAUAGAAAUAAAAUGAAACUCCAUCUGUAGUAUACUGUAGUAUACUUGCUACUAACCUCUCCUCUUUUUUUUCCCCACCAGCUAUUCCUUUAGGUACCUUUAGUUCCUGGCUCUUCCAUUAUUUUUAUCAAUGUGCCAACUUUUGAAUAAACAUUACUCUCUGCCAUUAUAUAUCUUUUUCAUGCCCCUUUACUUUUGAAAGUUAUAUAUCAUAUUAAAAGAGAUGAAAUAACUUUAAAACAGGAUGUUUUCCACCAUCAAUUUCUAUCUAUCUGUAAAUGGAGAAAGAAUUACCAGUCUUAAAUGCAUUAGAAGAGUCUAAGGUGGAAAUAAAAAUGAACCAAAUGAGCCAGACCUUUGGAGGUUUGCCUUUCAUUGCCCCAAAGUGUUUACAGUGAUUUGUGGUAACACCUGAAAGUACUUCUGUGAUGCAUAAUUGCAUUGGUCAGGACUCCCAGGUGCAGGUAAGAGCAGCCACCCUUUGCCAGUUUAAGCAGAAAAGGAUUUGUUAUAGAACACAGAUAGUUCACAGCAGUGGUGGGAGGGCUGGGGGAGCAGGCUAGAGGGCAGAACAUCACCAAUGAAGUGACCUACUGCCCUUGAGCUCAGGGCCAUGCUGUUUCUGAUGAUACAUGUAUUUGCAAAAUGGAGACCCUGUGCCGCCUUGUUUCUUGAUGCAACUCAUACUCACGUCAAAGUGUUGGCUGGAUGCAGCUAACUGACAGAACCUAGGUCACACAUCAGCACCCAAGCUCAAGGGAGGCUGGGAGUCACCCAGUCAAGGGUUGGUUUGUCUGUUUUUCUCUCUCCAGGGGAGGCAAGACUCACAGCCCAGGAAUCUGCCACAAUGUAAGGAAGCUGUAUAAAGUGGGCAGCCACAAAUGACAAGUGUCUGCUACCAUCAUGUCUCAUGAAAACAGCAGUAAGCAAAUUGUGUAAGCUGUUUGGUCUCUACUAUUAAGAAAUACAUGUAGCAAAAAGAUUGUAAGGAAAUACACAGAAAUGUUAAUUCUGAUGGUCUGUAUGUUGGAUUGUGGGUAAUAUUUUCCUUACGUUGUGUUUUCAAAUUUUUCUAUAAUGAAACUAUUUCCUUGUAAAUUAGAAAAAAGAGACCUUCCCAUUUAAGAAAGGCAGAUAAAAAUAAUUCCUCCCUUCCUAGAGGGAUGAAAAAUCUUAAAACUCCUGAUUAUAUUUGAUAAACUCUCUUUGUAAAACAGGCAAAUGAUAAAACACACACACACACACACACACACACACACACACAAAAGCAAAAUCAAAAGCCAAAAAGUUACUCAUUUAAGUUGAAAUGAAAAUUUCCCAUGACUUAGGCUAAGUGGGUAGCUGCUGAUCACAUCAGGGUCACAGUUCUGAAAGCAGAAGGGCCUCAGACAUCUUUACCUCAACUUCACAGCAUUCAUUGGAAUUUGAAGUUUUGAAAAAGACAACCAUACAUGAUAUAUACACACAUUCACGCACAUUUACCUGUUGUCUAUCUUUCCCAAUAGACACAAAAGCAGAGACCUUAGCUCCUCUGUGCCCACCACACUGUAGUCAUGUAGUAGGUAUUUACUAGUUACCUGUAAUGAAUGUUAAUAGUUACAUCAGAAAGGAAAGGACCAUUGUCUCUACUGCAAAGGUUUCCAGUUCUACCAGCUGACUGACCCUCACUGAGAUGGCUGUUGACUGCAUGGCAUCUCAUUCUGCUGCUUCCCAUGCCUUCCUGGGGUACCGGAGAUUCUAGAGCUCUCUUAGGCCCAUCUGUUUACAUGCCCCUUGGAGAGCUUUUUGCAGCUCCUUACCCUUGCUAGACAUAAGAAAAUGUGGUUGUUCUGCAAUCCUUUAAGCCCUACUUUGGAGGGAGAGCACAGGUCUCUUCCUCUCAGACCUUCCUACCCAUCUUGGAGUUCUCUUUUUAGUUGCCUUUCUGGACCUGACAGCACAGCAACUAUUUUCAAGGGCUCAGCAGUUCCUAAUUUUUUUUACCUGCCCUCUGACCCUGUCUCCUUCCCCUGAUCUAGAGAAAGAUCUCUUUCUCACCUGGCAGAAGAAUGCUCACCCACUCACUGUUCAUAUGUUCCUCCAGAUCCUUUCUCUUUAGCCUUGGUCUUUUCUUUAAAAACUCAAGACAUGUUUGACUCAUAUUCUCUGUGGUGAUGUCACCUUUUUCCUGAAGCAGUGUAUGCUGCUGGUUAAAUGGGGAAAAUGUGAAAAGAUAUGUGAAAAUUUGGAGAAAAAUAGCCCUUAAUUAAUAUCUCAAAGAUAUCAUCUUCCCCCUUUCUACAAAACAUAGGCCAAUUUCAAGGGAAUGAAAUUAGCCAUAGCUAUCCUGAAUUUCCAAAGUUAUUCUCCAAAGUUUGUCAGUUCGCUGAUUCUAGAAAGAAAGAAAGCAUGUAACUUGGGAAGUUUACAAAAUGAGUACGUCUCCAAGGGAUGCCUAAUUUUGCUACUGUCAUGAAAUUUCUCCUGAGUUGAGGCUCUGAUAAAAUAAAUGUCUGUCAUGUUAUUUAGGAGGGGUGACAGACUGGGAAUCACUGGGCAAGUAACAAGCUGUCCCUGACUUGAAAGGUACUUAAGGAAAUAUCUGUUGGAGAACUAAAUCCAAAUGAAACUGUGCAGGCCAAUUUGGAAGCCCAGCUCCUCUCCAAGCUGGACCACCCAGCCAUUGUCAAGUUCCAUGCAAGUUUUGUGGAGCAAGAUAAUUUCUGCAUUAUCACGGAGUACUGUGAGGGCCGAGAUCUGGACUAUAAAAUUCAGGAAUAUAAAGAAGCUGGAAAAAUCUUUCCAGAUAACCAAAUAAUAGAAUGGUUUAUCCAGCUGCUGCUGGGAGUUGACUACAUGCAUGAGAGGAGGAUACUUCAUCGAGACUUAAAGUCAAAGAAUAUAUUUCUGAAAAAUAAUCUACUUAAAAUUGGAGAUUUUGGAGUUUCUCGACUCCUAAUGGGAUCCUGUGACCUGGCCACAACGUUAACUGGAACUCCCCAUUAUAUGAGUCCUGAGGCUUUGAAACACCAAGGCUAUGACACAAAGUCGGACAUCUGGUCCCUGGCAUGCAUUUUAUAUGAGAUGUGCUGCAUGAAUCAUGCAUUCGCUGGCUCCAAUUUCUUAUCCAUUGUUUUAAAAAUUGUUGAAGGUGACACACCUUCUCUCCCUGAGAGAUAUCCAAAAGAACUAAAUGCCAUCAUGGAAAGCAUGUUGAACAAGAAUCCUUCAUUAAGACCAUCUGCUAUCGAAAUUUUAAAGUUCCCUUACAUUGAUGAGCAGCUACAGCACCUAAUGUGUAGACAUUCAGAAAUGACUCUGGAAGACAAGAAUUUGGAUUGUCAGAAGGAGGCUGCUCGUAUAAUUAAUGCCAUGCAAAAAAGGAUCCACCUGCAGACUCUGAGGGCACUGUCAGAAGUACAGAAAAUGACUCCAAGAGAAAGGAUGAGGCUGAGAAAGCUCCAGGCGGCUGAUGAGAAAGCCAGGAAGCUGAAAAAGAUUGUGGAGGAAAAAUAUGAAGAAAAUAGCAAACGAAUGCAAGAAUUGAGAUCUCGGAACUUUCAGCAGCUGAGUGUUGAUGUACUCCAUGAAAAAACACAUUUAAUAGGAAUGGAAGAAAAGGAGGAGCAACCUGAGGGAAGACUUUCUUGUUCACCCCAGGACGAGGAUGAAGAGAGGUGGCAAGACAGGGAAGAGGAAUUUGAUGAACCGACUUUAGAGAACCUGCCUGAGCCUCAGCCUAUUCCUUCCAUGGACCUCCGCAAACUUGAAUCAAUUGUAGAGGAUAUCACAUCUGACCUUGGAUAUCAUGAGAUCCCAGAAGACCCACUUGUGGCUGAAGAAUACUAUGCUGAUGCAUUUGAUUCCUAUUGUGAAGAGAGUGAUGAGGAGGAAGAAGAAAUAGUGUUAGCAGGACCAGAGAAAGAAAUCAAGAAUGAGGGAUCCCAGCCUACUUACAGAACAAACCAACAGGACAGCGAUAUUGAAGCGUUGGCCAGGUGUUUGGAAAAUGUCCUGGGUUGCACUUCUCUAGACACAAAGACCAUCCCCAGCAUGGCUGCAGACAUGUCCCCAGGACCAACAGUUUUCAACAGUGCGAUGGCCAGGACCAAGAUGAAACGCAUGAGGGAAUCAGCCAUGCAGAAGCUGGGGACAGAAGUAUUUGAAGAGGUCUAUAAUUACCUCAAGAGAGCAAGGCAUCAGAAUGCUAGCGAAGCACAGAUCCGGGAGCAUUUGGAAAAAGUGGUGCCUCGAGCCAGCGACUGUUUUGAAGUGGACCAGCUCCUGUACUUUGAAGAGCAGUUGCUGAUCACGAUGGGAAAAUAACCUACUCUCCAGAACCAUCUCUAGGCAACAGUCAAAAAGAAGCAGGAGUUCAAGUGGACAAAUGUAUGUGAAAAUUCAUUUAACAUAGAAGCUGAACUCUAUUAUGGGGAAUGGAUACAAAAGCGGAGCUCCCAUAUUGACUUUCAAUUCCUCGUCAGAAGUACUGGCUUCUUUAGAGAGCGGUGAGCAUGGCUGCCUGUGCUUGGAGUCAUAAGUGUUAUUUGGACUAUACCCUGAGAUAAGCUUGUAGAUCAAAUUUGGCUCUCUUGUAAAGCAUUUGUCUCAUGUGCGCCCUCAGGGCUUCCAGCAGAAUUGAGUCACCCUGACAAUGACCUGGGAGAAGCCAUGUGCUCUUCAUCAUUUUCAGCUGGAGGACAGAGCUCAGUGCCUGACUGCCUAGGGUCUCGGGGACUGUGGGCAGCCAGCCAAUGAAGGUCACUGGACCCUAGCCUACAACAUACUGAGCUGCAGCCCAGAAGCCAGACAUACCUGUCUUAGCUGACCUGUUUUUGGUCCACUUUUGCCCUUCCAUGACUAACAAGGAAGAAAUGUAUGUAUUUCAUACACACACAAGGACCUGGAUUAAAAAUCCAAAGAGUGAUUCUCUUCUAUGAUUUAUUUCAAACUCAUCCAUAGAUAAUUCAAGAUUUGUAUUCAAAAUAAACAUAGUUUUCACAGUUACAAAAUAAAUCACCUAUUUUAUCUUUUCCUUA